GACUAUCUACUAUCUAGUAUCAAGCAUAUCGCGUGCACAAACAGUCCAAGUUACUUCGGAAGCCUCGGAAGCGCCCAUGUAAAUCUCCCACUGACCGUUUCUUGUUCAGCUCACUCAGACGUUAGUUCUGAGGAGGAAGUGAAAAUGGUCCUCGAGACCAGUGACUCAAACUCGGAGAAAGGUGGAUUACCACCGCCACUGGCAACAACGACGAAGCAAGUCUCGGCGUACUACACGAUUCCAGGUCAUAGAUAUGGGGAACAAACGAAAACCCGUCGUUUACAACUAGCAACAGUGAAACUGGUUACAUGUCUCUGCCUUGCAUCGUGGGUUUAUCGCUUCGCCCUCCCCGGCACUGCUACCCCACCUCUCACUUCCAAGUACUCUGGAUCCCUGCUGGACGACCCUGCAUCCGAAUUCGCAGACGAUGACUUUCCUCUGCGUGCACAUGAACCCUGGGACAUCUCUGUGGACUUCCCCUACCCUCGCACACUGUCGUACGAGGUGACAGAAGGUACAUGGUUACGACUUGACGUGCACCCCGUGAGUGGGGAUAUCGUGUUUGAUAUGGCAGGCGAUGUAUAUUGCCUGCCGGCUGAUGCGUAUUUGGGAGCUGCUGGAAGAGUAGGAGGGAGGACAGAAGCGGUGCCAGUGCUCACCGGUGUGCCACACGAUGCGGAUCCACGGUUCUCGCCUGUAGGCGACAGGCUCGCAUUCAAAAGCGACGCGGGGCUCGGCGCUGACAAUCUUUGGGUGAUGCCCUGGGCAGCGGACGGGUGCACGGCCAUGGACACCCGCGCUCAUGUCAGCUCGUCACAUGAGCUCGAGUUGAAGAUCCAGGAUGACGAGCUGCUCGCGCGAGGUAUGAAGGAGACGAGUGUAAGGAAACUGAGGAGAUUGACAAGGGAGGGGAGGGUAAAUGCGCAACGCAUCACAAAUGAAACGUACAACUGGGUAUCUGAUCCGCGCUGGCAUCCUUCAGGAGAUAAGGUCAUCGCAACAAAAUGGUACUACUCUUCACGCUCGCUUGGGGCUGGCGAAGGAUGGGAGUUCCCUGUUCCCGCCGUGAACACCAAGUCAAAAGUCGAGAUAGGCGCAGGAAAGCGUUUGGUAUCAAAGAGUCUGCCUAUGGGGUGGACGAAGGCAGACUACGUGGAGCAGCAGAUUGGACACGAGCAGUUCAUCUGGGCGGGCGACGAUACGCUGAUUUAUGCUGGUAAUGUGAUAGACGUCGAUGGGAGUUAUACGUAUUCCAAAGAUGUUCAUAAGGGUAUCUACGCGAUCUUCCAGCGCAACUUGACCACGGGCCUGGAGGAGACACUCGUUGACGCGUUCCCCGGUGGUGCAAGCCGGCCUACACUCUCGCGCGAUGGGCGUACCCUUGCGUUCGUGCGCCGUGUGAGGGAUAAGGAAGCACUCGUGCUCAAGGAUCUUAACACAGGUACCCUGCACCAUAUCUGGCACGGUCUCACCUACGACCUCUCGACAAUCUACUCGCCGAUGGGUACCUACCCGUCCUUUGCGUUCACGCCCUCUUCGUCCUCGCCGGGCAUCAUCAUCUGGGCUGCUGGGCAGAUCUGGCAUGUCCCACUGACGCGCAACGCAGAGGGGGAACUUGUCGCUGCGACUAGAGUCACCAGCAGCGCAGACCUUUCGCCAAAGGUGAUCCCAUUCACAGCGCAAAUCUCGAAGAAGCUCGCGGAAACGCGGCGUAUGAAGACUGAUGUGCGCAAGUUUGAAUCAGGCCCGCAGCGCGUGCGUGCCUUCACUCAGCUUGCGCUGGAUGAAUCUGGCGAGCGUGCUGUAUUUGCAGGCGCAGGCCAGACGUGGGUGCAGGUACUUGGGAACUCCCAUAUCAACCCGGCUACGUUAGACCCCAUCGAUGACGCCAAUUUCCUUGGGACUUCGAAGCCUGCCCAGCGUAUCCCGUACCUGCAUCCCUCCGCAGGGUACUACUCACCUUCCUUCGUUCCCGCUUCUUCCUUCGUUUUACACGCGCGUUGGGACAAUACGCGUUUCUCAACCCUUGAGUUGGCCGAUUUGGAGAGUGGGCAAGUGUGGGAGGUCGUCGGACUCCCCAAGGGGCGGUGGUUUGGUGCUGUCGUAAGUGGAUCUGCGGAAAAUGGCGUGCGGACAGCUGUGCUGGCGAAGACGGGCGGGGAUGUGUUGACCGGUAACGUGGUGGCUACUGCGCAAACGGGAGUCUGGGUCGGGGAGAUCACACUUCCGUCCCUUUCCUGCUCCCAAGGCACGGUUGAAUUGAACAACCUGCGCUACGUCCAAAGUAGCAUCGAUCCGUCUGAUGUUGUCAAGCUGUCAUUCGUGGAUGGCAAGGCUAGUGAAGUCCUCGUCCAACAAUCUGACAGUGUACUGCGGGUCUCGUUGCGUGAUGGUGCUGAGGAGGUGGUUGCACGGGGGAAGGGAACGGACGAGCUCAUUUUUUCCCCAUCCGGAUCCAUACCCUCAAAAUCUUCAAGGCCAGCUGGACGCAACCAAGCAACAGGGGGUGCAGCAUUUAUCAGCUUCUUUCAUGUAUAUUACGCGUCACCUUCCUCAGUGGACUCUGAGAAGGGGAUGUGGGCCAAGCCGGGGAAGGCACCGAAGAACUUGGCGCGUCUGAGUGGGGAUGGUGGGCAUGAUGUUGUGUUUAGUGGGGACGGAAGUGUGAUCGGAUGGUUUCUUGGUCCAUACCUCCAUACUCUCCAGCUUUCCCGCCUUCCUUCAUGCACGGGCGCAAUCGAAGCUGACACGUCCACCUUCGGAAUUGACUGUGUGCGGGGCUUACUGGAUGUCACGGCAGUGGAUGUUGCUUAUACCCCUGAUGUACAACGGUUGUCUAACGAGGCGCGCAAGCCAAUAGCGGAUGAGCCGCAGAGCUCAAUUUCAACGAGCAACGCUGAUGUGGUUGUCAUCCAUAAUGCGACAGUUUUGAGUAUGGAGAACGGCGUGCUCUCACAGGAUUUAAGGCUAGGCGCGAGCGUUGUGAUUCGGAGCGGGGUUGUGGAGGCUGUUGGGGGCCCUGGUAUUGGUGAGGGACUGACAGGGGCGUUUAUCAUCAAUGCUGAGGGCGGGUACGUUGUCCCAGGUUUCAUCGACGCACACGCCCACUGGAGUGGCACAGAAGACAAGUACCCAGCGACGUCAUGGGAGAUGCAGACUUUCCUUGCCUACGGCGUGACUACACUACACAACCCGAGUCUACAUAACUCCCUUGGCUACGUCGAGCGCGGACGCAUCGAGUCCGGACUUAUGGCUGGCCCGCGGCUAUUCCAUACCGGCACAAUCAUCUAUGGCGCAUCCGAGUAUGGCUUCCAUCAGGACAUCGCAAGCAUGCGCGAGGCACGUGAAGCACUUGUAAGGAUCAAGGCUGAGGCCGGAGAUGCGAGCUGGAGCUAUAAGAACUACAAUUUGCCGACGAGAGCUGCAAGGCAACGGUUAUUAACAGCUGCGCGUCAAGUGGGGAUGCUGUGUGUGCCCGAAGGCGGAAUGAACUAUGAUUGGGAUUUAACGUAUAUUAUGGAUGGAAUGACGACGGUGGAGCACAAUAUUCCUGUGUCGGUACUAUACGAUGAUAUCCUUACGCUCUACACAAUGAGCGGAACUGGAUCUACUCCAACACAUAUCGUCGAUUAUGGAGGCAUGUUCGGGGAGCAAUAUCUUUGGGCAACAGAGGAUAUUCCGAAUGACCCCAAACUCCGCACGCACACACAGCAUGAUAUCCUCGAAGGGAUUUCAGAGAGCACAAGUCGGCCAUUCAACUCGAUGGCAUUAUGGAAUGUUUCUGCAUCCGUUGCGAAUAUGGUACACCGAGGGCUCCGCGCUCAUAUCGGGGCGCAUGGCGAGCCGCCUCUUGGACUUAUGUACCACCAGGAAAUGUUCUAUGCCAAAGCAGGCGGGCUGAGCAAUUAUGAGGUGGUUCGCGCAGCAACUGCUGAUGCUGCAAUUACCUUUGGCCUCUUUGACAGCCUGGGUUCCAUCUCGGGGGGUAAACUUGCAGAUCUCGUCAUCUUUCCCCCUGGCUUUGACCUGUUGUGGGAUGAUAUCCGCCACACGCGGAAUGUCAGAUAUGUUCUCCGUGGUGGGCGCAUAUGGGAUGCGGAGACGAUGGAGGAGGUCUGGCCUGUCGAGAGGAAGCAGGUGCUCCCCCCGUUCAAUGUGGAGUAGGGGUAGAAUGCGACUUUACAGGAGAACUUUGAAGUGUAUGCCAUGGUGACAUUCACAUUGAUCACGUUUGCUGAGGGUCUGAGUCUCUGGUCUUCUGGUCAAAUGUGCUAUCUCCAAUGCAGUAGUAAUCAACGCAAAAUCCAGUUAAACAGGGCACCAUCCUUGAAAUGGUUACUCAAGAGUAUAUCAGUUCAAGAUCGAGGCACGAGGCUAUCAUAGAAUAUAGUCUACGUGUGAGUAAGCAAUGUGGCGCAGCAACUUUUUCUCGACCACAUCAGCUUCUGAACUUCAUAGACAAUCUUCAGCCAUAGCUCUCUCGUUUUAUGCUCACUUUCUUUAAAACAAAUGGCUCC